AUGGACCUGUCCUACCGUGCUAGCAAGACCUUUCCUAAAUAUGACCUCGAGCGCUUUUGGCCUGCAAACUUCGAGAGCGACAGUAGCCUCUGUAAGGAGACCCUACCAUUCGGUCCCGCCCCUCUUAUCUGGGUGAAUGCACAGGCCUCGUCCCCCGUUUGGCUUAUAUAUGGGCUGACAAUCUGUGGGAUUCUCGACUGGAAACUGGCUCAAUUUGCACCACGCUGGUACGGGUGUGCCCCGCCAGCCUGGCUCUGGGACGAGCAAUGGACAGCCUCAAGCGACGAGCGGUUUGAACCUCGCCAACCGAUCGACGAAGAACGUCGACAGGCAAAGCAGGCCUUUGACAAGGCGGUGGGCCCGUGUUUUACCAAGCUGGCAUAUCAGCCGCAAUAUCGCCUGGCACGACAGGUGGUCCAUCUUGUGGACAUGGGUAUUCGUAGGAACCCUGCGGAGUUGGAGGCAUUGGAAAUGUUAGAGAAGGGCUGGAAGGACUGGCGCACUCCAUAUUCUCCGGAGUGGAAAUUAUCGAAGAACCAGGAUUCCCAACGCUAG